CUCAAACUAGUGAUUCGAUUACCUCUGGAUUUAAGAAAAUGGACAAAUAUGAACUUCCAGUAGAGCUGUUCUUGAUUAUACCACUUAUAGUGCUUCCUAAACCUAUUGGUGCAGAUCCCCUCUACACAGAUUGCUCAGCUGCCAAUAAUUAUACCCUCAACAGUACAUUUGAAAACAACCUUAAACUUCUCUUUCAGACCUUAACUUCAAAAACUCCAUUAACAGGUUUCUAUAAUAAUUCUAUUGGAGGUGGUCCUGACAGAGUCCACGGGCAAGCACUGUGUAGAGGAGAUCUCAAUGCAAAAGCUUGUCAAGAUUGUGUCAAAAGCGCAAGGCAAGUACUAGAGAUAUGCAAGAGUAAAGAUGCAAUGAUAUGGUAUGAAUCAUGUCAAGUCCGUUACUCUUACAGAAUGUUUUUCUCGACGCAAGUUUAUACGGGAAAGUAUGUGGAUUGGGAAGCACAGAGGCAAAAUGUAUCAAAACCAGUUCAUUUCAAUGAGGUUUUGAUGUAUUUGUUGAAUAAUAUCUCAAAUGAAGCUGCAUUUAAUCCUGUAAAGAAGAUGUUUUCAACUGGGGAAGUGAAAUUUUCGAAGAAGGUAACUAUAUAUGGGCUUGUUCAGUGCACUAGGGACAUCAAUGGGGGUGACUGUCUUAAUUGUUUAAAUGAAGCUUUUGGAGAUCUUCGCGGAUGCUGUUAUUCAACUGAAGGUGGAAUUAUUGUUAGCAGGAAUUGUAAUGUGAGAUAUGAGAUUUACAGCUUUUAUAAUGCUUCAAGAAACUUGCUAACAUACCCCACUUCAAAAGGGGAUAGAUGGGAGGUUUGGAUGAUUGCACUAAAUGUCUGUAUACCGAUAGUGAUACUUGCUGUUCUCAUUGGGUCUUGCAUUCUCUAUAAAUGUCGAGAAAGAGGACAAACUGAAGAUGGGGAAAAAGGCCAGAUUGCAUUACUACAGGAAUUGGUAACCCCUAAGGGGAUAUCCAUGACAGAAGCAUGUGAUUUGAUGAGUUCCGAGGAACUACCUAUCUUCGAUCUGGCUAUUAUAGAAGCAGCUACAGAUAACUUUUCUGGUUCAAAUAAGCUUGGGCAAGGUGGGUUCGGUACUGUAUACAAGGGUGUGUUACCAGAUGGGAAGGAAAUAGCUGUUAAAAGACUUUCAAAGAAGUCAUGGCAGGGCCUAGAAGAGUUCAAGAAUGAAAUCAUACUAAUUGCAAAACUUCAACACAGAAACCUUGUGAGGCUUUUAGGAUGUGGCUUGGGGGGAGAGGAAAAACUACUCGUUUAUGAAUUCAUGCCUAACAAAAGUCUUGAUGUGUUUAUCUUUGAUUCUGAAAGACGGGCACAACUUGAUUGGAAGACAUGCUACAACAUAAUUGGUGGAAUUGCCAAAGGACUUCUUUAUCUCCAUGAAGAUUCCAGGCUUAAAAUUAUUCACAGAGACUUAAAGCCUAACAAUGUAUUACUAGACCAGGAAAUGGUUGCCAAGAUUUCAGAUUUUGGAAUGGCAAGGAUUUUUGGUGAAAACCAGAACACAGCCAACACGAGAAGAGUUGCGGGAACAUUUGGAUAUAUGGCUCCGGAAUAUGCAAUGGAAGGACUAUUCUCUGUAAAAUCUGAUGUUUUCAGCUUUGGUGUUAUAAUGCUAGAGUUUUUAAGUGGGAAGAAAAAUAGUGGCUUUUACAUUACAGAACUUGCCCCAACACUUCUAGCAUAUGCAUGGAGAUUGUGGAAUGAAGGAAAAGAAGCAGAGUUUAUAGAUCCUUUACUGAUAGAAAGAAGUCCAAGAGAAGAACUUAUAAGGUGCAUGCAUAUUGGACUUUUAUGUGUACAACAAGAUCCAGAAGACAGACCUACCAUGUCAUCUGUAGUUGUACUAUUGGAAAGUGAACCAGUUGUUCUUCCUGAACCAAAAAAACCUGCAUUUUCUGUUGGUAGAAUGGUUCCACUUCCAAUUUCUGUGCAUUUAGCAACUGAUCCUUCUGUGAAUCAGAUUACAGAUUGUAUCAUCUCACCGCGGUGACUGUCAAGAGGAGAUCAAACUGUUUGCUAGCGUAGCAGGAUACCGACUUAAUUAUACGUUCUUGAAUUUUUUUUUUUUUUUCUGUUUUUUGUUCAAAGUUAAUUCAAAUCAACGCUGUAGAUCAUCUACAGCAACUUAGAUGUAAAUAUAAGACAGUGGAAUGGACUGUAAGAAUCAAACAUUGUUCGUGUA